CUUGGCCGCAGUGUCGAUCGUUUUUGCCCGCAACUCCUCUUGCUCUUUGCUGCUGCUGGCUCGCGGAGAUUUUUUUGAUUUUAGAAAAAUAUAUUCCUUUUAUUUUUUGGUGUGUGCGGAAAAUGGCUUUGUGUGCCGUGGUUUAGCUCCGUCGUCGUCGCCGCGAGAGUACGUAAACCCCGUUCGCCGGAACUUGUUCCGGAUUGACAGAAGAACCAGUGCGAGUGUGUGUGCGUGAAGAAGAAGGAAUCUGUGAGGACAUUGUCGUCCCACGGUGGUGGUCAGUGGCAAGUUUUCUUGGUGACGAGAUUGCUCUUCAAAUUGAAGAGAGUUCCGGUGCGGAGUUCCGUGGGUGGCCCCAAGCCCCAGGUGGCAACCGCAAAGAACCCCCGGAAGCGAAGGAGGAGGUGGAGGCAGCGAAAAGAACGGGGCCAGCAGCGCAGCUAGGCCAAAUUGAUCCGCGGGGGAAGAAGAAACAACAAUUCGACCAAGAAGAAUCCCUCUCUGUAAGAAGAAGGCACAGCGGAAGAUUCGGGGGCCUUUCUUUAUCGAUUGAGAUCGUGCACGGACACGGUGUGUUGUUGUGAUUGUUGCGGCGGCCUGCACCUGCCAGAUUGGCACCGGCUAGUGGCCACGGUCGGGGCUCGAAUAACAGCCAGAGGGCGUUGGAAGUGUCGUGAAAUCGGAAAGAAGUUCCGGAAUCGAUUGCCAGGAGGAGGACGUUCCGUGUGUCCGUUCCCCUGGGAGAUUGGCCGACCAGUCGAAGGAGGAAGAGCAGCGGAACGGUGGUUCGCACGCAACUAGCGGACGGACGAAUCGAACAGACCUCACAGUCAGGCGGAAGCCCGGCUGGCAGCGCGCCGGCAAGCCCGAGCCGAAGCCCGCGAGAUUCGGAUGCGCGAGCUGGAGCGCCAGCAGAAGGAACUGGAGCAGAAUGCGGACCGGGUGUUCGACCUGCAGCAGCAGUCCGCCAGCCUCGGCACGUCGGUGGACACGUCGCUCGGAGCGGCGCGCACCCCCGGCAGUCGGCUCACCGUGAACAGCAGCACCGUCGGUGGCGGCGGCAUUCGGGGCAGCUCGCUGUCGUCCCGGCGGAGCAGCGAAGACUCGCUCGAGGAGGAGGGCCGAAGUCUGCGGGAUCUGCGGCAUGAGCUCAAGGACGUCGAGGAGCGCUUCCGGAAGGCGAUGGUCGCGAACGCCCAGCUGGACAACGAGCGGGCCUCCCAAAGCUACCAGAUCCAGCUGCUCAAGGACAAACUGGAGGAGAUGGAGGAGUCCCAUGCCCAGUUGCAGCGCGAGUUUAAGGAAAAGUGUCGCGACCAUGACGCGUUGCGGCGGGCCAACGAUAAGCUUGGGGACGAGCUGAAGAUGGUGCAGGGUCAGCUGGCGGAGCGGGACGCGCUGAUUGAGGAGCAGGGACUGGUGAUUGUGACGGUGGAGAACGAGGACGGAAGCGAUGCGAGGCGCGCGCUAGUCACCACGGAGAACGCCCAGCUGCUGAAGACGGUGCAGGGGUCGUUGGACGUAAGGCUCAAAAAGUUCGCCGAGGAAAAGCAGGAACUGCAGACGGAGGUCCAGCAGCUCCAGCAACAGCUGAAGGACAUCAAGACCAAGGGCCGCAAGUACAGCUCGGUGAACGGCGCCCUGGACGAUGACGACUACGAGGACGCACAACGAGAAGCCAACAAACUCAUCACCGACUACAAAUACAAGCUGCAAAAGGCGGAGCAGGAAAUUGCCAACCUGCAGGCCAGCCUUGCGCGGUCCGAGUCCCAGGUCAUCCGGUACAAGAGCACGGCCGAGGCGGCGGAAAAGGCCGAAAGUGACCUCAAGAUCGAGCGGAGAAAGCUGCAGCGGGAGAACCGCGAAGCGAUGGACCGCCUCGAGGAGCUGGAGACGUGCAACAACCAUUUGCUGAAGCGGCUGGACAAGCUGAAGAACGCCAAAAGCGCCCUGCUCAAGGACCUCUGAUAGGCUUCUUUGCCCCUCGUUUGGUGGUCGUUGUUUGUCCGAAAAUUUCCUCAGCGUGUGUGUGAGUGUGUGUUUUGCGUGCGUUGCGUGUGUGUAAAUUAAUAGCGAAUGUUAUUAUUGCUGUUUGAAUGGGGUUUAAAUUUGUACAGUUGAAUAAAGGAACAAACAAAAAACAAGCAAACAAAAAUGGAAACAGCUAAUUUGAUAUGUAUGCGUGCACAAGCAAAAUUUACCGCGCACUUUACCAGUAAGUAGGCUUGUAUAGUGAAUUUGAAUGAGGGCGAAAGCAGCGAGACUAACACUAUUUAACAAACAAGAAAAACAUUGGAACAUUACGAAGAGAUUAGGAAACAAACACAAACACACAUUUAGGCAAACAGAAUAGUCUGUGUAUAUCUUUAAAAUGUAAACAAAAGAAGAAGAAGAUGAAAAAACUGUCUAGUUGUAAAUUAAGGCAAGGACAUACACACAUUUUUAAAUAUUUAAUUUAUUGAACAAAUCAAAACAUAGCUGUUAGAGGAAGAAGCGAGUAAAACGAGUUUUGUUGAGAGCGCAGAAAUAGCAGCACGAUUUUUUAAAGGGUCAGCAAAAAUUCUACCAUGAUAUUCAGAGAAAGAAAAGUUACAAAAAAUGCCAAAUUCAUCAAGUUUGUCGUCAUCCUUCGUGCACAAAAAAAAUAAUCAGCCAGUCCACAAAAAACGAAUCAUACACAGAAAAAUCGUAUAAAAAUACAUUUAAAAAAAUACCAUUUAGAGAAACGCAGCAGAGCAGGUAAGACGAGUUGUUAGAAGUAGUUAGAAUUACUGUUGUUCAUUGCAUCUCCCCGCCUCCCCUCCCAAAAAAAAAAUCCAUAUUGACUAGAGCCUUUUUUCUGUUUGUUUGUUAACCACCCAUCCAGAUUGGCUUCCUAAUUUGUUAACUAUUUUAUAAAAGAAAAAAAAAAAACAAUCUUCGUUUUAAUCCGCCAGCGUGUAAAACUCAAACAUACUCCGUAACUGCCAUAUCGCAUUGUCUUUUUUAACCGUUUUCCCCCAACUUUCCUAAAUCACACACACUUUUUUUAAGUAGCACUCUCAUUUCAGCGGGCGCGCUUUUGUAAAUCUUAUUUGUACAUUUUUUAAUCGGAAUCAGAUUUCCUUCCUAUUAAAAUUAUGAAAAUAAAAUGCAGCCGCUGUCGCGGCACGACGUGCCGCGAAAGCGUGACUGCCAUUUUUGUUUAGCUUCUAAUCCUAUUGAGUAGAGAGAAUGAGUGAAUGAGCGCGAAAGAGUUGAAAGUUAGUUAGCGCAGUCGCUAACCGAUUAGAGUCGUAACUUUUGCGUGGUUGAAAACAUUUAGAAGACACACAAACAAAAAUUAUUGUGACAUGAUAGAAGUUUUGUUAGAUCGUGCAGCAGAAGGAAGGAA